GUUGAUCACACAAGCGCUCGGACAAGUUCUCUUGAUCAUUCACACAAGUCUCUUGUUCUCCUGCAGCGCUGAUUGCAGGUGUUAAAAGAGUCUUGGUUUGACCGAAAAACGGUGAAAAGCGAUAUGCAGCUACGGCUGGACGUGGUCUUGCCGAUUAUUUGGGGCUUCGUCCUCGAGGGGCUGACUACCGGAUGCGCCACUAGGACAGAGAAACUCGCUCAACAAUUGGGAAAUGUACUUGUUGAUUUCAUUGCCUACCGUGACAUAUCCAUCAUACAUUUCGACGUACCGGAGAAUGCCUUCUCUGUUGGUUUCAAAUUUUUAGUUAAAGAAGUGAAGACCAGUGGUAUUGGCGAGUGCUACCCGCGCGACGUGACGAUAAACAUAAAGUCAGGAAGUCUUCCACUUAUUAAACCGGAUGGCUCGAAAAUAGAAGCUAAAUUGCUGGAGAGUAGGCGAGAGCACUACACCAUCGAGGCUCUGAGUAAUGGCGACGAGCACAUCAUUAAUAUAUUCGCUCCACCACCGGGGGACUGGUACGCCAUUGCUUAUAGGUCAUGGUUCGAUCCCAAUAGCAGCAGAAUACAACAGCAGGGUAUCGGUGCAAGUUGUGAUACGAUUUUGGAUGCAGAGCUCUCUGUUGAAUUCCCAGAUUUGCUGUUUCCUCUAGAUGAUUCUGACUCUGAACGUAGAAUUGAGUUAACGCCCUUCGCCGAUUCUUCAGUCAUGCAGUUUCGAGUCCCUAAGAAUACUGAGCUGUCUAAACUGCAAGUGAACUCCAGUUGUGGGGAAAAUUGCUCAAUAUUAUUAUAUGUAACAGCUGUUGAUCAGGUAUUUGGAAAAAUUGUUAAUAUGAGUAAUAGCAACGUCAGCUUUCGGCCUUACGAUGAGUCCAUACACUACGUAGUGCUGUACCUCGAGACCGGUAUAGCCAGCAACGUUUCCCUAUUGAUCACAAAUGUUCAGAUGACUACAAAUAAUCAGGUGCACGUGCCGCUUCUGAGGAAAACGCUACCCGAUUUUUUUCUUUUUGAUUAUGAGCAUCUAGUGGAGAAUAGUAGUAAAGCAGUGCCAAUGAAUUUGACAACUAGUGCUUUGAGUAUAUUGAGAUUCAAAGUUGGAGCCGUCUACGAUACUGGUGGCACGUUGUCCCUUGGACUAAGGAUCGCUGAUGACGAAAAGAACCAGAGCGAUAAAAUUAUCGUCGUAGGCUGUGUUUCUCUAGGCUACGCCAUACUGAUAAAUGCAGAGGGCAGGUGCCAGGGUAUUAAGGGCUCAACGAGAUUGGCCGACAUUCUGGUAACGAACCGUAGCAGCCCGGUAUUCGUGCAUGUACCUUAUCCAGAGCCAGGCUUCUGGCACUUGAGUCUACGAGCUUACUGCUUCGGAGAAGGCAAUUGUGACUGCUUCGAACGAUGCUCUCAAAACCUAACCGACUGCGAAAAGUGCAGUUGUGUACAACCUUGCGAAGUCCGAGUCGAGAGCAGCGUUGCCUCGUCGCCCUGCAUCGAGGGUGGCUGCGGCUCCCAUGGCCGCUGUGUACACUACAUGAGUGGAGGUUUUGUAUUCUCAGCUUGCCAUUGUAUCGGUGGCUAUCGAGGUUUUGACUGUGCCGAUGGCGAGUACCUUCUUAGCAAAACUGAUGUUCUGAUCAGGCUACUGAUUCUUACUCUCAGCAAUCUAACUUUUAUUGGCUCCAUCUAUGUAGCCAUUAUCAGGCGCUACUACACCGAAUCCAUCGUUUAUGCAGCCGUAAUGUUUUUCUCAACAUUCUAUCACGCUUGCGAAGCUGGGGAAGAGGGCCACAGUUUCUGUCUAAUGAAGCUGAGUGUUCUGCAGUUUUGUGAUUUUUACAAUGCUUUACUCUCGAUUUGGGUGACAUUGGUAGCAAUGGCGUCGAUGGGACCACGUACGACCUCCUUUUGCCACAUGCUAGGAGUUGUCAUACUUGCCGUUGGUGCUGAAAUGGAUCGUACGGCUCUUUGGGUUUUUCUUUUACCUACAGUAUCCGGGUGUAUUCUCGUUCUGGUUUUCUGGACGACAAAAUGCAGACAGAAGGGCACCUUGAAGUAUCCGGCACGAAAGUACAAAUUUAUUUAUUUACCGAUCGGUCUCGUCUGUGUGCUAAUCGGCCUCGGCUGCUAUGGCUUUCUGCAAACACGUCGCAACUAUUACCUCGUGCAUAGCUUGUGGCACAUAUGUGUUGCUGCAGGAGUUAUUCUCCUUCUACCUAAACAGGAGCACAUGUAAUGACAUUGGAUUUGCAUUUUUACAUUUUAAUUACACGAUUACUUAUUCAAAAUUCAUAAUUACCACAAACCAAAUUCCUGACUGUAUUUGCAGGAAAUAUUUUUCAUAGUAGUAGUAUACUUAAUAUUCGCAAUAGAUUUCACGGUAUCCGUACACCUUAGCAUUAAUAAGGUCAACACAAGCUAGAUUAUAAAGCAAAUUUCCUAUUUUCAUUUACAACUAAUAAGCAAAAUUCAUAUGGAUUAUUUAUCCCACAUUCAAUUAUCAUGUCAAAUUUUAUCUAAGAUAAAAAUUGAUCAAAUCCUUAAUUAUAUCAAAACAAAACUAUUAAAA